AUGGUAUUGGUGGGCCAUGUUUGUAAGAUUGGUAUCAUGUUUUUGAAUCUUAAUUUCUUUUCUCUGCAGAUGGGAAAGACGUCUCACCAAGAUUCAAUUCACCCAGUCUACCUGGACAGGUUGUUGGACAUGUCUGAAAUUCAACCAGUUAUGAUUAAUGGUGCAGAAGCUGUGUAUCUGAAACCUAAAGGCCAACAAGAUUGGCAGGAGAAUGUGGGCAAGAAUUGGAGCCAUGGAAAUAGAUGUGAAGGUUGCAACUCUGAACUGUUUAAAGAAAAUUACAAGUUUUGUUCUGUCUUCUGCAUGAGGUUUAUCCUUGAUUUACAUGAGAAGAAAGAUAAUAAAGAUGGGAAUUGUGGUGGCAGUUCUAUGAGACCAGAAGAAAAGUAUCCAUCACCCAUCACUGUUAAGAGGGACACAUUUCGUCCAAUUCAGAGGAAAAGGAAAGGGAUUCCUAAAAGGUCUCCAUUUUUCUGA